CUUUCCCGAUCGCACCGACUUCCAGCCCCUCUCCGUAUCGCCCCAGCCCCUAACCCUUCUCCCCAAAUGGCUUCCUGUCUCUUUUUCCUGCUUCCCGUUCCCAGUUCGCUCCCAGUUCCCCAACUCUUCUGUGCCAGAGGGCUCCCUUGUCACCCAAGAGUUUCUUCCCCAAAGUCCCCUCCCCAGGCUGUUCGCCUUCCUCCUCGGCCCACGCUCCUCCCUUCCUGGUCACCUGGGCUUGAAAAAUAGACGUCCCUUGCCCUCCUUCUGAGCCUCCAGACAACCCCAGGACCUUAGUCAGGCGCGUGUCUCUCAGCCUCCACUUGAGAAGUCCCGGCCCAGAUGGCCCAAGCCCUGACCGUGUAUACACAACCCAGAGCGGGAGCCCAACAUUGACCUGCUGGAGGCCUUCGUGGAGCACUGGAAGGGCAUCACGCACUACUACAUUGAAAGCACAGAUGAAAACACCCCCGCCAAGAAAACAGAUAUUCCCUGGCGGCUGAGGCAGAUGUUGGACAUCCUGGUCUACGAGGAGAGGCAGCAGACAGCAGCUGGCGAGGCAGGGCCCUGUCUGGAAUACCUGCUGCAGCACAAAAUCCUGGAGACCCUGUGCACGCUGGGCAAGGCUGAGUACCCCCCAGGCAUGCGACAGCAAGUGUUCCAGUUCUUCAGCAAGGUUCUGGCCCAGGUGCAGCACCCCCUCCUGCAUUACCUCAACGUCCACAGGCCUGUGCAGAAGCUUCUCCGACUUGGUGGGACAGUUCCUGGAUCCCAAACAGAAAAGGAGGAGGUGCAGUUCACCACCGUUCUCUGCUCCAAGAUCCAACAGGAUCCAGCCCUGCUCACCUACAUCCUGGAAGGUAAAAAGAUUGUCAGUAGGAAGAAGUCAUCCAAAGAACCCAUCACCCUGCCUAGAGAGGCAGCCAGCAUCCAAGACAAGGACCACCCCCACAGCAAGUCUCCUGACCUGAGUCCCUGUAAGGCCCAGGCCUUGACCGCCCAGCUGCCUGCUGAGACGGAGGAGCCAGAUGGAGGAGUUGGGGAAAGCAACCUGAUCACCUCUCUGAUCGGGUUGUGCAAGAGCAAGAAAGGUCGGGUGGCUCUGAAGGCCCAGGAGAACCUGCUGCUCCUGGUAAGUGUGGCUUCACAGGCAGCUGCCACCUACCUGGUGCACAGCAGCCCUUGCUGCCCUGCCAUCGUCGAGCACCUCUGCCAGCUGUACCAGUCCAUGCCCACCUUCCUGGACCCCGCAGACAUUGCCGCUUUAGAGGGCAUCAGCUGGAGGUUGCCCAGUGCCCCGUCUGAUGAGGCUUCCUUCCCUGGCAAGGAGGCCUUGGCUGCCUUUUUGGGCUGGUUUGAUUACUGCGACCACCUCAUCACAGAGGCACACGUGGUGGUUGCAGACGCCUUGGCAAAGGCUGUAGCUGAGAAAUUAUUCAUGGAGAUUCUGCAGCCCCACCUCCUGCAUGUUUCUGAGCAGAGUGUGCUGACCUCCACCGCCUUGCUCACGGCCAUGCUGCGCCAGCUCCGCUCCCCUGCGCUGCUGCGAGAGGCUGUGGCUUUCCUCCUGGGUGCAGACCCGCAGCCCGCAGCCCCCGAAGAUGGCCCCCGCACUCUGUGCGCUCACCUCAUCGGGCACUGCGAUCACCUCUCUGAUGAGAUCAGCAUCACCACGCUGCGGCUGUUUGAGGAGCUGCUCCAGAAGCCACACGAGCAGGUCCUCCGCAGCCUGGUCCUCUGCAACCUCGAGGGCCGCCAUUAUGUGGCCCGAGGCUCACCUGAGCCCGAGAGCUACGAGGACACCCUAGAUCUGGAGGAAGACCCCUACUUCACGGACGGCUUCCUCAACUCCAGCUUUCAACCCUCUGCAAAGCCUCCCCCAGCCCCUGCCACCAACUCAGAUGGCAAAACAGCAGUGACCGAGAUCGUCAACAGGGUCCUGUCUCUCAGUUUCCUCUGCCUGGUUCCCGAGGAAGCCAAGACCUCAGCUUUCCUAGAGGAGACUGGAUAUGACACGUACGUCCACGAUGCUUAUGGACUGUUCCAGGAGUGCAGCUCCCGAGUCUCCCCUUGGGGCUGGCCCCUCGGUCCCACACCCCUGGACCCCCAUGAGCCUGAACGGCCUUUCUUUGAGGGUCACUUCCUCCGAAUGCUGUUUGACCGCAUGUCCCGGAUUUUGGAACAGGUAGUCAACAGGACUGGGCCCUGGCUACAAGGUUACAAGCCAUACAGCCUGAACCUGCAAGUGACCUCAGUCCUGUCCCGGCUUGCCCUCUUCCCCCACCCCCUUAUCCAUGAGUAUCUCCUGGAUCCCUACAUCAACCUGGCCCCUGGGUGCAGGAGUCUGUUCUCUGUGCUUGUCAGGGUGAUCGGGGACUUGAUGCAGAGAAUUCAGAGAGUACCUCAGUUCCCAGGCAAACUGCUCCUGGUACGCAAGCAGCUGAUGGGUCAGGUCCCCGGGGAGCAGCUGGACCACCAGACUCUCCUCCAGGGCGUGGUGGUUCUUGAGGAAUUCUGCAAGGAGCUGGCUGCCAUCGCUUUUGUCAAGUUCCCCCCGCACAGUCCUCACCUGCACCUGUCCCCGCCCCAGGAAGGGCAUGUCUGAGCCAAGAGCAGGACCAGAUGGGGGACUCCUGUCCUCACCUCUGCCCAAGAGCUGCCUCCCACCUGGCAUGGCUGCCACCUCCCGCCUCCCAGGGUGGGAGCUUGGUUCCACCUCUACAUCCCAGGUGCCUCUGCCUCUGAGGAGGCCUGGGCUUCCACUCCCAGGUUAACUCAAGAAGACCGUGGCCUGUCGGUCACACCAGACUGGGUUCAGGGAGUGGGUCUCCAAGGUACCAGAGGCCAAGGAGCAAAAGAGAUGGCCUCCCAGACAGCAUGGUGUCCUCGGGGCUUUCUCAGGAGAGCUGGGUAAUUGCCAGCUGAGCACCCAGACCCAAACCCUCAUGUGUUCCGUGCAUGUCACCUGUCUCUACGGACGAUUUGUGGCCAGGGCCAAAACCUGUGGCUCAAUUCCAGGGGCACAGGGGGAGUGAGUGAUGGCUCUCAGGCUGGUCAGAACUGUAGGCCAGAGAGAUGGGGGCGUGGGAGCCCUGUCUGUGUCUUGCUAGGUACCACAGAUGCUGCUGAGACUUGACAUUUUUUCUCCUGCCUUCUUGACUUAACCUGUGGUGAAGGGGCAGUGGAUGGCAGAGAAGCCGAUUCUCCCUUCCCGGCCCUUUUGGAGGCUGUUGCAAAAUUCCCAACCACCUCAUGGCAAAUGCCCAAAGCAUGCUCCGCGCCCAGGCGGGGGCAGCUGCUAAUGAGAGCCUUGGUGCAACUGCAGCCAGGGCAGGAGAGGGCUUGGGAAGUGGGGGGCUGGGUGCCAGGCCCUGGCUCCAGCUGGUUUCUCUCUGGCGCCUCUGAACCCGUCUCGGCAGGUCCUCAACACCUGGGCAGAGGGGAUCAGAGACCCGGGGAGGCCAGGCCUGGCCCUCCACAUCUUACCCAGCCCACAGAGUUCUUGACGGAAUACUCUUCCAGGGGAGCAAGGGAGCCAAGGGGAGAGAUGAGGCCAGGAUGCCCACCUGACCCCAAGCCCCCAAGGCCUAGCAGGGAGGUGCUGGGGCACAGGCAGCCAGUUGUAGUGUUGUUCUCUCUGCAUGCCCUUCACAGCUGGGGCUGCCACCCCACCCGGCCCGAAUCUGUCUCAACCUGCAGGAACACACAGGCGGCGCCAGGCAUUACCUCACAGCAGGACUGCAGUGGCUGGCUUCGCUCCUGGGCAAGGAGGAGCAGGCCAGAGCCCCUUUCGCUUCCUUUUCCUGCCUAUGCCGCUUCUAGAAGCCGGCCGCAGGUUGCCAGGAGGUGACAUGAAAGAGGAGGAACUCAGUGACCUCUCCCUCUCCUGCAUUCCUCCAAGCUGGGGAGGACUUAACUGCCGCUCAGAAGGACACCGUGCAUGUGCGUGCAUGCGUGUGUGCGCACGUGGGUGUUGGCGUGGGACAGGGGAGCAGAGCUCAUGGAGCAAAUUGGGUCUGAACUCUUCAAGUCAGAAAACAUUUGAGCAUCCGGGAGUCACAGAUCCUCCCCUCCUCCAUCCCCCUCAGCAUUCGCACUGCGUCCCCCCAGACAACACAGCAAUCAAUGGUUUGGUUGCGUGGGCACAGCUGCCCCGAUCUCCACUGUUCGUGUCCUCCUGCGCAGGCCUCCGCUGCUCAUUCAGGCCCAUCUUCCUCCCUGAGAAUGACAAAUUCCUUUUCCAGCACUAGAGCGGGGCGGGGGGGGGGCAGUGUGCUGGGGGGCGGGUGGUAAAUAGAGACAGGCUCUGGCAGCGCAAAUCUGAUGUUCCUCUGCGCCUGCCAGGAACCAGGCUCUCUCUUGGCCAAGCCACACUAUUUCUGCCCAGCUUACCUACAGCCGAGAGCCAGCUAGCCUUGGAGACUCCGGGAAAGAAUGGGCCAUCUGAAGCAUCUGUAUGCAAGUCUCAUUUUGAGGUUUGUAUGUUGGGAAUUGUAUGAAUGCUUUAGAGGACUUCAUAUUUUAAAAACUUGGUCCCUAAAUGUAUGCGUGUGGGGGUGCACUCAGGAGGGGUAGCUGAGAGAACUCCAGGAGAGAGCAAGUUGGAAACUUGGAGAGGGCUGCUGAGUGGCUCUCACCUCAGUGCAUGUCAGAAUCACUUGGUUUGCUUUUUACAAUACCAGUGAAAGCUGUGUCUCUGGGGGGCGGCCCAGCAUUGUUACUAAAGCUCUCCAGGUGAUUCUAAUGGGCACCCAGGGUUGAAAACUACUAUAGGCUAAAUAAAGUGGGAGCAAAGUUUGCCCUUCGACAUGGAUAUAGACUGGUGGGUCCCUCAGACCCUGAGAGAAGUGAACCAGAGUGAAAGGGUUUGGUUCCAUCAUGUGGGAGAUGUUUGUCCUCAGAGGGGACAAAAGGAUUCCUACCACAGCCUAACGCUAGAAAAAGAUGGCAGGGGGAGGGGAUGGGAAGGGGGCCUUGGAGGUUAUCCUGGGUCUUCAGUGUCAGAAUGGAGUUACCUCAGAAGGGAAGCCUCAUCAAGUGUUUCCUUGCUCAGAACCAGAAAUCUGUAUUACGUCCAUUGAGUAGCACAUGAUAUAUUUUCUUUGUUCACUUCCUGUGGGUUUUUUCCUUAAAUUUUAGUAAAGUUCUUUUAAAAAAAAAAAA